AUGCCAAAGCGAAAGGCAAGCUUCAGCAACCAAGACAGCAACGACACCUAUGGUACGAAACGUCAGGCAAGAGGUACAAGCUCCCAGCCCACAAGCUCGCAAUCCACCAAAAGAUCUUCAUUGUCUGGCCAGCCUUUGUUAAAGCUAAGCACAACCCCUUUAGAAGGCGACGAAGACAUUGUAAGCAGUACCUCCACCAGUCCAUUUCUGACACCAACAACAACAAAUGAUGUCCGUCAACCGCCCACUCUGCAGCAACAAUCUGCUCAAGGUGUAGGGAUCUCGCGUAAUAUUGCAGCAAGAGCUUUUUCUCCCAACCCAACCACGGACAGAUUUGCAGAUCCUUCAUCAGCUUACUCUGCUCUGAGUGCCCCUUAUCCAGGAUACACCUUUGCGGCCUCAGGUAUACUGCCAAGUAAUUCUGCGAACAACGCUGGGGCAGAGGGAAGUGCUCCACAGAUGACAUAUCAAACCUAUCAAACCCUUCUAAGAAACCUUGGCCACGUCAAGGGAACACCCGGCCCAGCUAGAAACACACCCGGACAUGUCAAUCUUCCAGGAAACAACCUAGGACCCCGCUUCGACAGGAAAACAGAUUUCAGAAUGGAUCAAGCUGAGUGGUCAGUCGAUAACCUACCUGACAUACUAUACGUUUUUGAGUCACCAGACGACUAUUAUCACGCAAACAUGCUGAGGGAGCCUCCACUCAAGCCCUACACUGUUCAUGGUGUGACAGUACGUGAUAUACCAAUUCUGCCAGACCGUAUUUCUCCCGAUCCUGAGGGCUGGCUCUAUGAGUGUUGGUGUCGAUUUGAUCCUCGCAUCAACUAUAAGCGGGAUAUUGAGCCAAGGAUCUGUCCAGAUCAGCGCCCUGAUUAUCCAACCAGAUUCUCGCAGUCCCGCCUUCGAUUCCGGCAGGAUUGCCAUUUGUUGGCGUGGGCAGUCAAGGGGAAACACUAUGACAAAGAUAGGAAUACAAUCAUAAAUGUUGCAACGAAUAAUGAUGUUGAUGUCAUGGCAACAAACUCAACCAGAGGCCUGACAUGGGGCUUGGCCGAUCCCACGAAAGGCAAGGAUAGCAGACGUAUUCCUAUUCCAGAUCCAAUACGACCAAAGAACACUCGGGAUACCGGUCCACCUAUGAGGGGUGUUCUCUCUGCCUCAGAAAGCAAUAGAAUUAUCCACAAAGGAGUAGCAGCACCGCGGGCCCCUGAGCACCAUCCAGUGGCAAGGACAGCUGCUCCAAAGGUGCGGCCAAGAUAUAAAGCCAGUGUACAGCAGCCGGCAAGAGUCACCUUGGGCAAGGAAAUGUCUGACACCGAUGCUCAAGCUCAGAAGAGCGCAACAUCGGUCAGGGAGACGCCCCCCGUCAUAGUAGAGGUAAGGGAACCGGGUCUCCUUCACUGUGACUCAAAUAUGGACUUUCUCAAUAAAGAUAAGUUUGCUGAUCCAACCUCGCAGCAAGUAAAAUCUACGCCCGUCCGGCCCACAGAAUACAACUUUGAACAGAAAGCCAAGAUUCUUCACCAAGCAGCCAACGAAGCAGUCAUGAACCACGUCGGCUUACCAAGCCAGGCGACCACCAUAACAACAAACAAGCUAGUCGAAGACUUCUACCAGCGAGACAACAUCCAACUAUUGGACACGACUGGGAAUGAGUGGGAGAGCACCAGGUUGGACUAUAUCGAAUUUUAUGGUCGGGUGGAUUACAACCCAAUACACUUUCACGAGUACUUUCCUCGACUAAUGGAGGCUGUCAAAGGGUACAUUUGGACCAUGCUUAAGAGGUCAUCGAAAACGUCACGCAAGACAUCCUGGCCGGAUAGCCGCAUGCCUGAGGAACGGGAAUUGUAUGAGAAAGUGUGGAAUUUUGAGAGACGGAGGUGGAAUUGGUAUGCGAGGUUUGGCUCAGGGAUAGAGCGGUUCUGA